GAGGCACGGCAAAUAUGCUCGCGGAGAGAGAAUUCGGGCAACCGACGCCAUGCAACAAUGUCACUUUUGGUUCACAAGAUGAAUGUCUGUUGGUCUGUAUGUAACUCUGGAUCAUGUUGAUCUAUGUAACUGUGUGGGAGAAAAAUACAGUACCUGGAGAAAACCCACCAUGAAUACAAGAGGUUAGCUCAGAGCAACUUUGGGCCAAUGUUGGAAUGUGGUUGGAGCUGUUGUACCGAUGUUGGCCCAACGUUCCAUAUUUACUGGGCAGCUAGAUUCAAGCAUGGCUCUACUGUCAUCUGUCCACCUCACGGCCCAAGCCUACAACACAUGUAUUGUAUGAGUGGGCAAAGUGCAAAGAGCUGGUGCUUGUAUUGCACAUUCACCUUCCAUAUUAAAGCCACACGUCAAAAUCGCAUUCAAAAUCCGAAAAUAAAAGUAUCCGGUUCAAUCACCUCAGGAUCUGGUUUGUAAGGUUAAUUAAAAUAUAUAUCGCUAUUAGAUUAGAAAAAAAUAACACCGAGGUUUACGGGUGGUGGAGGAUCUACGACACAUUUUAUUUAUGCGACCAGACCAAAAUAAUAUAUACACACACGACUCCCUUGCUCCAACGCGAUUGGCUCCGAUUGCAUUGACGUCACAGGGAGGGGAGGGACUUUCCAAGUCGGCGUUACGUCACCGGCCCCCUCGCGCGCGUGCAUCUUCCCGCUACGGAAAGCAGGCCACCGACACCGCAAGAAGUGUGUCAGACGGUCUGCCGAAUUCCGGAAGACGUCUACCAAUAAAACACGGACACCUGGUUCAGGCUACGCGCCCUGGGGUGGGCGGUCAACGUCGCCUGCCCCCACCCCCACGACGCGCUGAGAUCUUCCGGAAGUUCCCGAAGAUUCCAGAAGCCAUCUUCCGGAAGACGGAAGGCGCAGAGUGUCAGGGCCCUGAUUGGGCAUUUAACGGAAGGCGUCUUGCGUUAACAAUAACAAUUGUAACCCCCCCCCCGCUCUCUCUCCCUCACGGCGACAAUACCUCGUUGAUCAUUUUAUAUCGAAGUUUAAACUCUCCGAUUCUUCUACUCGCGCGACCUUGACGAGACGACAGCGCCACCGCAGCUUCCACACACGGCCCGAUCAGACUCGGCCCAGCCCGGCGGCGUCCUUGCUUCCUCCGCCCUCCCUGCACCUCCCGGUCUCGGCUGGGCGUCUCGCCCGGCUCAGGGCGCCGCUUCGCCCGCAGCUCAACCAGGCAAGCAGCCACGGCCACGAGACACGCAAGAUAGAGAGGGAGGCGAGGAAGCGCGCGGGCCCGAGCGAGAGAGGCGCAGGAGCCGGGAAGAAGGGCCGCAUGGCGAACGCCGGCACUGGCACCGCCACCGCUACAGCGGCGCGGACACGCAGGCAGCAGGGCGGGCGGCGCGGCGGUGAUGGCGGUGGUGGCGGCGGUGGCGGCGGUGGCGGCGGCGGUGGUGGUAGGAACCGGCACAAAGGCGCCCAGGGGCAGGGCACUGGCGGUGGAGCGAUGCGAGCCAAGCAGAAAGAAGUGGGCGGUGAUGUCGGCAGAGGCGCUGCUGCGGCAGCUCGGACCGGUGGCGCCGCGGCGUGCGACAGUGACAUGGGCAUGGAGUGGACGCAGAGCGGAACCCAGGUGACGGUGCGGCUGAGACCACGCGGGGGCGGUGCGGGUGGCGGGGGCCCAGGAGGGGGGGACCUGAGCGACUUGCACAAGGGGGCAACCUUCACGGACCACGCGUGUAUGGUGGCGCUGCCAGAUGGAGGUGAGUGGCGCUGUGAGCUGUACGGGGAGGUGGAGGCGUCUUGCUGCCGCGCCGAAGUGAAGGAGCGUGGUGGGGUGCUGCAACUCACCAUGCCCAAGCGCAUCCCGUUCUACACGUGGCCCGCACUCACCACAACGAAGAAGAAACCGGCGGAUGAGGUGACCGAAACAUCCGGUGUCUCCCCACCCCGUCUUGCGGAAUCGGCAAAAGCGACCACCGGCAACGGCACCGGCAUCGUGCCCCACCGGUUGCUCGCCAGGGAAGCCGAGGAGACGGUGGCGGCUCUGGCGCCAGCACUGGUACCAUCGCUGGCUGAGGCAGCGCCGCCGGCAAACGCCCCUCCCAGGCCUGUUGGGAAAAAAGGCAGCUCUGGCGGCGGUGGUGGCAGCGGUGGCAAAGCUGCGGUGAAAGCGGCUGUACAGGGAGCGGUGGUGGAGGCGGCGGUAUCGCCACCUACUGUGGUGGAGGACGCUGCGUCGACCACCAGGCCUGACCUCACGCCGGUGUCCGCCGAUGGUUUCUCGACGGAGCCUGACACACAGGCCCCGGCGGGAGUCAAGGUUGAGACCCCUGUUGAGACCACAUCGCUUGAAACCUCUGUAGAAACCCCUCUACCAACCCCAAUUGAGAGUCAGGUAGAGACCCCUGUACAAACCCCUAUGGAGAGUCAGGUGGAGACCCCUGUUCAGACCACUGUUGAGUCCCCUCUAAACACCCCUUUGGAAAGCCAGGUUGAGACCCCUGUCGUCACACUCAUGGAGAGCCAGGUGGAGACCCCUGUUGAGAGCGUGGGGCAGGACAUGGAGGUGGCAGUGGGAGACAGUCCACCUGUGACCACGGCUUUGGAUUCAGGGGGGCAGCCGCUGAGAGCAACAGGCAAGGGGAGUGGAUCGAGCCAUCGCACGGUGGCGUCCUUGUCGUCACCGCCGCCGCCCCAGGAGGAGGAUUUGACGAGCGUGGAACCCCCACAGGAGGUGGCAGAGUACAGUCUGCAGCCCAAUGCAGCAGAGCUGAAAGCAGGAACAAGUCGAGUGGACCGGGAGGAGUUGGGGUCGUCGGUAUCAUCGGAGGCGGGGUGUGAGACCUUCAACAGCCCACUUCUGAUGUGCACUGCCCCGGAGCCCCGGCGCGUGUCGUCCCUACGACACGGCUGGUACGAGGUGGGGGCGGACGCGGUGGGGGUGCAGGUUUACAAGCGCGACAUUGCGCCCAGCGACACGCACGUCAUCUUCCGCGACCACGACUUCACGCUCAUCUUCACCAGCAGCGACCGGAAGUUCUUGGAGAAGGAGGGCGUGGCGGGCAGUGGCCCCACGGUGUUCAGCUGGCAGGUGAAGCUGCGGAACGGCAUCACCCCCGACGAGUGCUCCUUCGUGAACCGGAUGGCGGUGGUGGAAAUCAAACUGCGCAAGAAGCAGAGCCAGAAAUGGGGCGCUCUCGAGGCUCCGUCCAACCAAGGUGCAGUUGGAGGCGCCAGGGUGGCGUGCCCAGCGAGCGAGGCGUGGAAGACUGCGGCGCCCGCCGGGCAGCAAGUGGGACAGCCGCCGGCCGUGGGCCAGCUGGGCGAACCGCUCGCCGAGCCCAGGGCCAACCGCACCGUUGGUGUCGCCGCCAACACGACGGCGACAGCGGCCGCCAGGGCCGCGAAUGUCGCCGAGUCCGAGAUGGAGGUGGCGGUGGCGCCGGCGGGGCUGGGCUGCGCUCCGUGCGUCGGCAGCGGGGGCGCUGCCGCGGCGGCCCAGAGGACGCUGGAUCGCGGCGCGCCCCCGAUGGUCCGCUCUGGUCGCCGUGACGACGAUGAGGGGGAGGACGACGACGAGGAGGAGGGGGCAGUGGCAGGGGCAGCGGUGGCUAUUCGUUGUCACGGUGACGGGGACCGGGAGGCGGUGGAGGGCCGUCGCCACGGUUACACGGGGCUCAUCAAUCUGGGCAACACUUGCUUCAUGAGCAGCGUCAUCCAGUGCUUGUCUAAUACGCGCGAGCUCAGGGACUUCUUCCUUGACAAGGGCUUCGAGGCCGAGCUGAACAUGGAGAAUCCUCUGGGCACGGGCGGCCGCCUCGCCUCCUGCUUCGGCCGCCUGUUGCAUACGCUGUGGAGCGGCACGCAGGACGCCGUGGCGCCUGCCCGCCUCAAGUCGGUGGUGGGUGGCAAGGCGUGCCAGUUCACAGGCUACUCGCAGCAUGACGCGCAGGAGUUCAUGGCCUUCCUGCUGGACGGGCUCCACGAAGACCUGAACCGCGUGCGGCACAAGCCCUACACGGCCACCGUGGACUCGGACGGGCGGCCCGACGCGGUCGUGGCGGAGGAGGCGUGGGCGCGUCACCGGCAACGCAACGACUCCUUCGUGGUCGACCUCUUCCAGGGGCAGUAUAAGUCGACCCUUGUGUGCCCGGUCUGCAGCAAGGUGUCGAUCACCUUUGACCCCUUCCUGUACCUGCCCGUGCCACUGCCGCAGCAGCAGAGGAUGCUGAACGUGAACUUCUACUCUCGAGACGCGGCUUCCUCGCCGCGCGAGGUGACGGCAAGCGUUGACAAAGCGGCCAGGGUGUUGGAGGUGCUGGAUGCACUGUCGGAGCAGACGGGUGUGGAGCGGGAGAACCUGCGUCUCAUUGAGGUGUGCGGCUCGGCAUUGCGGCGCGUGCUGCUGCCCCCCCAGCCGCUGGAGGUGCUGCCCCCGGGCGGCCGCCUCCUCUGCUUCGAGCUGCCGGCACCAACGGGGCAGCACGAGCAGCUAGUGGUGAUGUCCGUCUCGCAGCGUCUCAUGGUGUCUGCUGUGCCGGUGCUCGCCUGCGCGUUCUGCCGCCAAACGCCGGGUCCUGCCGCCCGCCUGCGCCGAUGCACCAAGUGCUUCUGUGUCAGCUACUGCAACACUUCAUGCCAGAAGAGCCACUGGGAGGAUCAUCGCCACGUGUGCCGCCCGGAGCCCGUGGGCAGUCCCUUCGUGUUGGCACUGCCGGCCACGCGGCUCACCUACGCCGCGCUUGCAGAGGCAGCCAGCAGCAUGGCCAGGCUGUCGGUCACGGUGACGCCACUGCCCAGGGAGUCUCCUCCUCCCGUUCCUCCUCCCCGCGACUCCCCGAGCGACGACCACCUUGCUGCGCCGGCUCUCCCCUGCUCUUCCCACCCAAAAGCUGAAGCCGGGCCCAGGCCGACGGUGUCAGGCGAGGCCCAGGGCUCGGCGGAGCCUGACGGGGCCCGGGCCGCGGCACCGGCGGCGAUGUCCGCCGAGGGAGAGGAGGCUGCGGCGAAGGGGGGGGUGGCACGAACAGCCGGAGCCCAGUUUCCAUUCGUGCUUCGUCUGGUGGAGAAUGGGAAGGAGUCGGAAAUCGAUGACAAAGGCGAGAUGCCUCUGGCACUCCCCGUCGACGCGCAUCUUGUGCUGGAGUGGAGGAACCACGAGCGUUACCGCGACGCUGUCGCCGUGGUGACCCGGGAGAUGGGAGGGGCGACCGGCGGGGUCGUGACCCUGCAGCAGUGCCUGCAGCUGUUCACGCGGCCUGAAAAACUGGCACCGGAGGAGGCCUGGUACUGCCCCGUGUGCAAGACCCACCGGCAGGCGUCCAAGCAGCUGUCUCUGUGGCGCCUGCCCAAUGUGCUCAUCGUGCAGCUCAAGCGCUUCUCCUUCCGCAACCUUCUGUGGCGCGACAAGCUCAACAGCAUGGUCGCCUUCCCCGUCAGGGAGCUGGACCUGAGUGAGUUUGGGGUGCGUGCGACGCGUGGCGGAGGCGGUUGCAGCGGUGGCGGCGUGGAUGGUGCCGGGGGGGGCGAGGGCCCCGGGGGUGGGGGACCCCCACCGGUGUACGACCUGUACGGAGUCAUCAACCACUACGGGGGCAUGGUGGGGGGCCACUACACGGCCUUCGCACGACUGCCGCACGCUCACGACACAAGGCACAACCACAUCGGUUGGCGGCUGUUUGACGACAGCGCGGUGGUGGAGGUGGAUGAGUCGGAUGUAGUGACCCGCCACGCCUACGUGCUGCUGUACCGGCGCCGCGACUCGCCCGUGCCACGCCCCUCCGCACCACCAGCCCCGCACGCUGGGGUUGACCCUGGUGCUGCCGGCGCCGUCAGCACCAGGGAUGAGGCGCCAGGCGAUGGCGCGGCGGAGCUGGCGGCGCUGUCCUCUGCCGGCGCCAGGCUGCGCGAGCCGCCUGCCCAGCCCGCAGUGCCGGCCUCCCCGCUGGCAUUCACCGACAUGGAGGAGGUGGACUGAUGAUGCGGUAGCGAGGAGGGCAUGGUGGCGGCGGUGGCGGUCAGGGUGGUGGCGGUGCUGGACCGCGUUUCCCAGUCCCUCUUUCCAGUGGCAGCCACUGGACGUUUUCAGCUGCGAAAAAAAAAGAGAGUUCGGUCAAAAUUUACGAGGUCUUCGACAAACGGCGGCGACCGUGAGGGUGGGCCGAGGGUGGGGUGGAGGGGGCAGGGAAAGUUCAGCGGAAUAUUUUGACAUCUGUGGUAUCAAUCGACGUCGUAGAAAAGAAUCCCCGCCUCUCCUCCGUAGUUUGAAGCGAGUCGCAUCGCGAAGGGCGUCGUCGCUCGGUCGUGCUCGUUUUGCGGCGUCGAUUGCGGAGCACUGAUCCACGAGAAAACCCAGCGGCUCUACCACACCACCCACACAGGCUGGAAACGGCUCGAUGUUCCGGUCAUAAUCUGAUCGGUUCCUCGCGACGCGGGUUUGUGUAAAAUUCACUCGUCAGUAGCACGUGGCAGGGCUCCUAUUUUUGUUGCACGUCCAUCCCCAAACUCUCCUUUUUUUAUUGUGGGAAGUUUAUUUACUUUCCGCUAAAGGUCGCGGAUUGUAUAACAACACCGAUUGAGUCCCUUACUUUUAAUUUGAAUAUGAAAUAAGGUUGCUAAAUCGUUAAUUGUUUCUACCUAUUGGGUUUUCUAUUAUACGCAAACAUCGUUAUAAGUCAUUUAUCGUGGGGUAUCCGCAGUAUGACACAUCGAAUACUACUGUAACAUAUUUGGCGGUGUUAAUGAUUAGUACUACAUUACCCUGUUUAAGCGCAACAUGUUGUCAUUUGCUGGAGUUUGUUACAAACUUGCUUCUGGAAUCCUGAAGGUCAUAGAGAAACGGGGGUUAGUGGUGGCUCUGGAUCGGGGGUUGUACAGUUGCGGGUGGCGUCGUCGUGGGAGGAUGUGGCGGGGUAUGAGCGUGGGUGUGUCACUGGUGAUGUCUGGAAUCCACAGCACUUCUCUCUGACUCCAGGACCUGUGGCCCGUCCCUCCAUGCCCCUUUCGGCUGUGACCUCAAUGUCAGGCUACGUUGGGCAGGGUUAACCCGGACGGGCGAACCGUAGAGGCGCUCCACGGGGAUGAACUCUUGCUCGUGCAGGUCUCCACACCUUCCAAUCGUCCGGCACGAGUGGUGCGUGUGCACAGAGGAAGAGGAACUGAAGUCCCAGGAGCCGGGCUGCAGUCGGUUUGCCAUGCGUGGCUGUUUUGUAAGGGGUUAUUGGGAGCACGUGGAGAGUUGGUACGAGCUCCUCCCCUGCAGAGCGACUCUGACCCACGUCCUCCUGCGUCGUGACAUCCAGUGUGUUGAGACCCUCGCCAGGUCGCUUGUGUCUGUUUUUUUGAUCUCCUGUGACCUCCGCCCCCCCUCCCUCCCUCCCAGGGAGGGAUCAUGGUCGCUUGUGCGUCCUGGUCGCCGUGCGCCCGCCCAUUGGCCGUUGCGCAAUGUCGCGCGUUUAUUGCCAUUUUUCCACUGCACUACCGAACCUCGCCUGGGCUGUGCCGAACCAGCUUGGCGCAGUUCAUGAGGCGCCUGGUUUUUCCACUGUAGAAUCCGAGCCGUGUGCCGCAAUUUUAACACGUAAUGAAUAAUUCGAAGACGCAUGAUGCUGCGUUUUGAGUUGCACUUCUGUUGCCCCUGGGCCUGUUUGGCACCACGCUGGAUUCAGAUGUUUUGCAAGGCCAGAAUGAUCACAAUUUGUUUUUGACUCUGAAAACGGCAAGUGGAAAAACGACCCCUGUACCACGAGCGCCUUGCGCCGGCUCGGUUCGGAUGUGCCAAUGGAAAAAAUGCUUUACGCUUAACGAUUAUAAAAAUACAAACCCCACACGGUUUUCUUCGGGGAAUGAGUUUGCACACUUGUUGCACUGCAUGUACAGACGAGACGAUAGCGUUAAUAAUUAUGAGAGGUGAAAAAGAA